CUCCUAUGAUCUCCGGGAGGUUAUUUUAAUAACCCUCAGAGUUAUUUUCCGUUAUACUUUUUGGAGUCGGUUCGGUGACCUCUCGGUCACAGGUGACAGCGGGACCCGAGUCGCACCGCCUCCGUUCCACCUCUGACGUGUGGGUGAGUUCAGAAAAGUGCCUCGUGACUGGGAGGAUGCCGGUUACGAAUCGGCGAUGAGGGAUCGACUCUGCGAGCUGCGGCGCAUCUCCUCGGAGGCCUCGGACCGGGAGGAGGCAUUUGGUUGCCGUGGGGACGAUGAGUCACAAGUUCACAGGGACCAGGACCUGGAGAAGGUCUUCAAGGAGGUGCAGUCCAUGCGGCAGGAGAUCGCCGCCCUCCGGAUGGAUGUCAAGCGGCUCGCUAAACAAAGCGGCCGCUUCCUGACGUCCGUGCGACGCAUCAGCAGCAUCAAGCGCGGCUCCAACGCCAUCGCCCAGGACGUCCGGGUGCGAGCGGAGGGUCUCCGCCGGCGACUGCGAAGGCUGCGCAGCCUGACCGCAGAGCUGGAGGAGCAGCAUGGCGCCGAGAGGGCGGUGGUGCGCAUCGCACGCGCCCAGUACGUCUCCAUUGCCGGCGGGCUCCGCGACGCCGUGCUGGAGUGCGACCGGGCCGAGGCGGCGCAGCGGGACAACUGCAAGAGGCGCAUCCAGAGGCAAGCGGGCAUCCUGGGCCGGUCGCUUAGCAACCGUCAGCUCGAUGAGAUGAUCGAGACGGGCAGGUGGAACAUGUUCGCGCAAGGCCUCGGAAUGUCACGCUCGACCCUCAGCAGGAUGGAGGAGCGGCGCCAGGAGCUGCUGGCCCUGGAGACCUGCGUGCGUGACGUCCACGAGCUCUUCCAGCUGGUGGCGCAGUUGGUGGAGGAGCAGGGCGGCACGCUGGACAGCAUCGAGGCCAACGUCCUGGCCACGUGCGACUACUUGGGCUCGGGCAACACCGGGAUCAAGAGGGCCGUGAGGUACAAGAGGAAGAACCCGUGGAGGCGCAUGUUUCGCCCCUGCUCCUCUUUUCAUGGCUGUAUGAACCAAUAGAAACCACCUUCCGGCAUGUUCUGCAGCCCUCGUGUAUUCAUGUUUAUUUGAAUGUAUUGUAUCUGCUGAGCUCCCACAAAUCAUUCCCUUUGAGAUCCUGAGAUGAAUUUCCACCUCAGACAUGGAACUUUCUAGUAAAAUACUAGAAAAACUGGCUAUUUUAACUGGGUUUAAAAAGUACUGCAUGUUGACAGGGUCACAGUGCAUCCCUUAGUGAUUGCCCCUUUAAUUUAUCGGCUACAAAGGUGUGAUAAGUGGUAACAUUUUAGCUUCUUUGGAUGUUUUAUAGAAUAAAAGCAGGGUUUAUAAGUUGUUUUUUGUGAGCCUCAGGCCUUUCUCUUUGACAAUAAAGUGUUUAU